GCUGGACAGCCGCUGUGACUGCUUUUCCGGAGGCACUGAUUCAUGCCUGUAUCAUGUAGUAAUUCCAGUUUAUCAUGAUCUACCGACCUUUCAACUAUCGCCCAAGCCACUGCUAGCCUGAACGCUCUACGUCCAUUUCGGCACCAAUACCGUCAUAUUUGUCCGCUCGUAGGCCACGCCGAGUUUGCUUUUUUGCCAUGCUAACCACUUGGCUGCUGUGUUUCCUCUCCCUUCUGCUUCCUACACCACUUCUGAUUUGCACGGCUGUGACUUGUGUGGUACCCCGCAUGGCGGUGACGGACGAGCCAACAGAGAAGGAGGAGACGAAGGGAGCGCUCACCGUCGCCGUGAACACCGAAAACACCGAGUUUAGCGCGGGCGUGCUCGGUGGGCUCGCCGGCUUCUUCAUCGGGGGACCGGUUCUCGCGGCCGUGCUGGCGAUUGCCGCCAACUACGGCUCAAAGCAGGAGAACGAGGCGGGGGUAGCGGUGCGCGGCGUGUCCGCCAACGCGAUCGAAGCGUUCAACUUCUUGACUACGCUUAACAGCAAGUACGACGUUACCGGCAAGGCGGGAGCACAGCUUGAGAAGGCCGUGACCGAGCUCAAGUCGAAUGGGGAUGCGGGGGACACGAUCGAGAAGGUGGAGAAGACAGUCAAGGACCUCACGUCGCAGGCGACCAAGCUCUCGAGCGAGUACGACCUCCCCGCCAAGGCGAAGCAGGCGUUGGGCGUUGCGGGGGAGCUAGCUGACACCGCCAUCGUCAAGGUGCAGCUAAGCAGUAACGGCAACUCUGCUCGGAAAUACAAGGGUCAUUUGGAUGAAAGCGCAAUACCACAUGGUACCAGCAUUUCCGAACAGGGGAUCGAGCUGGAGAAGGAGUACAAGGUUACCGACAAGGUUAAGGACUCGAUCAAGAAGUCCAUCGACAGCGCCAAGAACUAGGGGAUAUUAUUCGAGAGCUUUUGUUUUUUUCGUUCGAAGAUUUUGGGAUGGAAGGGCGCUUGUUCACAUCCGUCCAUCAGCAGCCUGUUCCACACACGCUUUUGCACGCGUGCUGCCUUGUGAAUGGGGGUUGGGGAGGGGAAGUGUCGCGUGUUUUUUGUGAUGCUUGACAGUAAGGAGGCCUUGCGGGCGAGACUUCGGCGAAGCAGCCUCCGACAUGUACAAGGACCUUUUGCAGUGAAGUGGCGUCAACGACUAGCGGACAACGGUAGACCUUAUGUGUGGGACUUUGCUAGGGGGAGGAUGAUGGUAGCAGAGACGUUGUGAUGAGGAAGCUGCUUUCGAAGAAUAGAAACACACGGAUAAGAAGUAAUUGUAGGAGGCUAUCGUUGGCUCGCAUGGUUCUUGCUGCCUUUGCGAGCGAUAGUUAAGGCUUCUUUGGCUGGUGACGACGCAGAUAUGAUGGUAGGGGACGAGGGGGGGGGNGGGGGGGGGGGGGGGGGGGGGGGGGGGGGGGGGGGGGGGGGGUUAGAGAACUAAGGGCGCAAGUAUGAUUGGAUUUGGUUUGCAAUCGCGGACGGCCGGCUUUUCGGACGGAGCGGAUGCGUUCCGGUGCCCCUCGUGUCCUGCUUCUCUCAACACUUUGUGCUUCAAAUAUUCAAUCGACGAACCUCGUCAACGCCAGACAGAAAAGGCGGGCGGGCCGCCAUGGCCUACUCUAUUUGACGAAGCUUGCAG